AUGGGAUACCCGGAACUGCAGACGACCCUCAGGCUCGACUUCGCCGUCGACUACUUUCAUACCUGGAAGGAUAAACUAGACUUCGUCCUCAUCAACAAAGACGUCGACUACGUCCUCACCGUCCCAAAGCCCCCGGAAAACGAGGUCGCUGGCUACAAGAAGUGGAUCCGCGACGACCGCAUCGCCCGGUACCUCAUCAUCGGAGCCAUGCACGAACGCCUGUACUCGAGCUACAAGGAACACGAGACAGCCAAGUCCCUCAUGGACGCUCUCACCGCCACUUUCACAAAACCCUCGAUGAUGAAACGGAUGACAAAGCUCAGCAAAUACGUAGGGCACAAGAUGGCCGAGGGCAAACCGGUCUUUGAGCACAUUCUGGAGAUGGGUUCGAUGGCUGGUGACCUCGAGCGCGAGGGGUUGAAGAUUCCGGAGGAAGUUCAGACUGUGAUGCUGAUGAAUAGCAUGCCGGAGAGUUGGAACGAUGUGGUGACCUCGUUGAAGUUGAGCAUGGAUUUCGAUAAGUCUAAGUGGGGUGAGCCGGAUUUGGGUUUGGACAUGGUUAGCAGAAGGCUCAGGGAUAUUGGGGAUAUGAAGGAGUUGUAUAGGAAGCGGGAGGAGGAGGAAGCCAAGAGGAGGAGGCCGCAUUUCAAAGGACAUUGCUUUACUUGUGGAGAAUAUGGGCAUCACCGUAAUCACUGCACCAUGUAA